AUGACGAACCUGAAAGUGAGGGUCAAACUAUUUGUGAUGUACGAUGAUGGGGAACUGAUCAAGGGCGUAGCCUAUGGUGUCCACGAUCGCUCUAAAGAACGCAGAGACCGCCGACGAGACCGGUCACCCGAACCCGACCGAAAACCGCCUCCAGCGAAGCUACGAGUCGACAAUCUGCACUACGAUUUGACCGAAGAUGAUAUCUAUGACUUGUUCACGCGCAUAGCGCCCGUUAUGGACGCUCGACUUCGCUACGACCGAGCUGGACGUUCCGAAGGGGUAGCUUUCGUUACUUACGAACAUGUUGCCGAUGCUAGAGCCGCUAUUCGAGACUUUGAUGGCGCCAAUGCAAAAGGACAGCCUAUUCGCCUCACUCUGCUACCGCUUCCACGACGGGACAACCCUUUCGAUCGGGUCGAGAACCCUAAGAGUCUGUUUGACAGAAUCGAAGCUCCCGGAGGUCGAAAUCGCAGACGUAGUGAGAGCCCUGUAGGCGAUGUUGAGGAAGACCGAGCAGCUCGCCGCGGAGCCGGCAGGGGAGGACCUAGAGACCGACGAAGCGACGUAACAAAGCCAGCUCCUGAAAAUAUUGAUCGUUAUAUUCCCGGUCGUGACAGCAGAAGUUCCAGUCAUCGCGGAGGCCGAAGGCCUGGUGAGCGACGAGAGCGUGCGAUUAGGGAAGGAGAGGGGAACAAGACUAGCAAUGGUCGGCCCCGGAAGACAGCUGAAGAACUUGACGCCGAGAUGGACGACUAUUGGACAACAGCCGGCACCACGCAAGGACAAAAUGGCGGCGGAGACGUCGCAGUUGCACAGCCACAAGGGAACGACAUUGACAUGAUUGAGUAA